UGGAAGCAUGAAAACUCUGAUUUUCAUAUACAGGAAAGCUUCGUCUUGUGUCAGUUACCAAUCUAGGGUCUUCUCUUCCAUUCACGGCAUUAAAUCUGAGACACCCAAAUCAGAAAAUCUUACAUGGGUUGUUACUGACAGUUGGGAGGUGUCGGAUUUGCAGCAUCUCUUACAGAUAUGUGUGAGGAAGAGGUCUGUUGCAGAAGGGAAGAGCUGCCAUGCAUGUGCGAUUCAAGCAGGUCUACAAACAGACACAUUGGUAUCAAACAUCCUCAUCAACAUGUACUCCAAAUGUGGGCUCAUUGACUCUGCACGUCAGGUCUUCGAUAGAAUGCUGCAACGAAGCAUCAUUUCAUGGAAUACCAUGAUUGGUGCGCAUACUCAGAAUGGAGAUGUACAAGGGGCAUUGACACUCUUUAAGCAGAUGCAGAAUGAGGGUACUCCAUCAAGUGAAUUCACUCUUUCAAGUAUUCUCUGCGCUUGUGCUGCGAAAUUGGCCAUCGGUGAGAGCAAACAGUUGCAUGCGUUUGCUCUCAAAACAGCAUUUGGUUCCAAUGUGUUUGUGGGAACAGCGGUGCUUGAUGUCUAUGCCAAAUGCAAUUUGAUUAAAGAUGCUUGUAAGGUUUUUGAUGGUAUGCAAGAAAAAACUGCGGUCACAUGGAGUUCGAUGGUGGCGGGGUUUGUGCAGAAUGAUCUCUAUGAGGAGGCUCUAGCCUUGUUUCACCAUGCCCAAAAGAUGGGCUUGGAACAGACCCAGUUUACGCUUUCCGCCGCUCUCAGUGCUUGCGCAAAUCUAGCGGCUCAGAUUGAAGGGACCCAGGUGCAUGCAGUGUUGGUAAGGAAAGGUUUUGGCUCGAAUCUUUUUGUGGCCACCUCACUUGUGGACAUGUACGCGAAGUGCGGAAGCAUCAAGGAAGCUUACUUUGUAUUCUCUGGCGCAGAAGAGAAGAAUGUGGUGCUGUGGAAUGCAAUGGUCGCGGGCUUCUCUAAACACGCUUGUUCCACUGAGGCCAUGAUAUUAUUCGAGAAAAUGCAGCAGGCAGGUAUGUGCCCAAAUGAAGUUACAUACAUUUCUCUUUUAUCUGCUUGCAGUCAUGUUGGUUUGGUCAAGGAUGGACGGCAUUAUUUUGAUCAGAUGAUCAGAGACAACAACAUAGAGCCGAACGUCCAUCACUAUUCAUGCAUGGUCGACCUUCUUGGCCGUUCUGGUCUGAUUUGUGAAGCUCGUGAACUGAUUGAACGGAUGCCGUUUGAGGCGACAGCUUCCAUGUGGGGUUCACUGUUGGGCUCAUGUAGGAUCUAUGGAAAUCUUGAAUCGGCGGAGGUUGCAGCGGAUCGUCUGUUCAAGAUUGAGCCGGACAAUGCGGGAAACCAUGUUUUGCUUUCAAAUGCAUAUGCCGUGAAUAAGAAGUGGGGGGGAGUUGUGAAGGCGAGGAAGGCUUUGAAAGACAGUGGGGUGAAGAAGGCGAUGGGAAUGAGUUGGAUAGAAGUUAAGAGCCAGGUCCACACGUUUGUGGUUGGUGAAAGAAGCCAUCCAAGAAUGGCUGAGAUCUAUGCGAAGCUUGAUGAUUUGGAAAAAGAGAUGAAGAAGAUGGAAUAUAAGGCUGAGAUUGAAUAUGAUCUGCAUGAUGUGGGGGACAAUCAAAAGGAGGAGCUGUUGAGACACCACAGUGAGAAGCUGGCUCUUGCCUUCGGUCUCAUCAGCCAACCAUUGGACGCACCGAUCACUAUCAAGAAGAAUCUUCGCAUUUGUGGGGACUGCCAUUCUGUUAUGAAGUUUGCAUCGAAGAUCACAGGGAGGGUCAUCAUUGUCCGGGAUACAAAUCGGUUUCACCAUUUUAGGGAUGGCUCGUGUUCGUGUAGGGAUUUCUGGUGAUGCAGUUAGGACUCGCGCGUUUGAACUU